AUGCUUGCGUUUCUGUUUUUAAUUUGUAAAAAGGAGUCGCAUCCUGCUGUCUCCUGUCUCACCCAGUGGUUUGACACAGCACCGAGCCGGACUUGCCCGCAGUGCCGAAUCCAGGUCAGCAAAAGACACAUCAUCAAUAAGCUGUUUUUUGAUGUUGCCCUGGAGGAGCAGACAGCACCAGAUGCAGAGACUUUGCAGAAUGAACUGGACAAGGUGAAGGCUCAGCUCUCCAUGAAAGAGAAAGAAAAGCGGGAAUGCCAAGCUGUUGUGGAUGGGCUGAGGGACACUCUGGAUGUGCGGAAUGCCACAAUAGAGUCGCUCCAGAAAGUGCUGGGAGAGACAGAGAUGCUGUGCUCCUCUCUCAAGAAGCAGAUGAAAUUCCUGGAGCAGCAGCAGGAGGAUAACAGAAGUUCAAAGGAAGAGGCCCGCCGUCUGCGAAACAAGCUGAGAACCAUGGAGCGGAUUGAGCUGUUGCUUCAGAGCCAGCGCCCUGAAGUGGAGGAGAUGAUCAGAGAGAUGGGAGUUGGGCAGGCAGCGGUGGAACAGCUUGCGAUCUACUGUGUCUCACUGAAAAAGGAAUAUGAAAACUUGAAGGAGGCUCGGAAGAUCUCUGGUGAGAUGACAGAGAAGCUGAAGAAGGAGCUGUUUUCUGUCAACUGCAAGCUGCAGAAAACGGUUUCGGAGUUGGAGAAGACAAACGAGGAGUUAAAAAGCACCCAGAAGGAUCUGAAGAAUGCGGACAAGGAGAUAUUGAGUUUGAAGAAGAAGAUAGACAUCCUGCAGGAUACUCUGAAGGUCCCAUCUGUAACCAGAGAGACACUCAGUCGACUAGUCUUUGAGAGCCCUGCUCCCGUGGAACUGCGGCACCCAAAGCUCCACCGCCCAGCCCACAGCGAUGAGAUCAAUCUAGAUGCCACUUUUGAUGUGGACACCCCUGAGCAUCAGCCCUGCAGAUCUCUCUUCAACCCCGCAAAAAGGCAGAAGCUGGAUAAAAAGCCGCCUCCUGUGGUAAACCUGGCAAAGAAAGUUCUGAAAGAAACGGUGGAGAACUGGGCAGAUGAUCUGGAGGAUGAUGCUCUCAAAGGACUCAUGCCAGCAUUCAUCAGGAAUUCUGUUCUCUCCAAGAAGCCAUCUUCGGGUAGCUUGUUGGGUCCCCGCAAGAACAUGGGCACUGUGAGGAUGGGGUACGAUGGCUUGGGCGGCAGAACAAAGUUCAUACAGCCUACAAACCUGGCAGAAAUCCGCCCGUUAGCAGUGAGGAGCAAGAAGAAGAACGUCUCCAAGCCAGCGUCUGCAGCUCCCUCCACGUCUUCUUCCAGCAGCAGCCAAGCCAGGCUGGACACUUUCCUGCAGUGA